CUUAUCUAUCCGCACGGUUUUGCAGAUUACGAAGACAUGCCAGGGCUAAAUCAAAAAUUGGUGCACACAACCUUGUUGGAGGAGUUGGUAUUUUGGACAGUCAAGUUUGAAUUCCCACAGAAAAUUGUGACUUUACUUCUUAGUCUUCUACCAGACUUGAGUUACAAGGAAGCUUUUACCCGUGCAUUUAUCCAGCACUACAGUAGAAUAUCUCGUGUUCUGGUCAACGCUCUAGACCGUCAGACUGUCGCCAACCGUGUUGUACAUAUCAGUGUACAAUUAUUUAGUAACGAGAGUUUAGCUUGUCAGAUGGUGAAGGAGUACAACCUGUUGUAUAUUCUCAUUCUUAGCCUUAAUCAUAUGAUAGAGGGAAUACUCACAGAAAGUACUUUACAAGAUGCCCAACAGAACUUCCACAUGGUUGUAGAUUGUAGUCAUGAGGCUAUGAAGGAACAUUGUUACUGGCCAAUCAUCAGUGACCUGAUCAAUUUACUGUCACAUAAAGAGAUAGCGCAUCAAUUUCUCUCCGACAGUAAACUUGUCUCCAUGUGGCUGGAACUCUUGUCAUACUUCCAAGGUAUGAACUUGAAUCAACGAGAGCUUCACCAGCAUGUGGAGUUCGAACCGGAUACCUACUAUGCAGCAUUUUCGGCUGAAUUAGAAAUUGCAGCUUCGCCAAUGUGGAGUCUGAUAUCACAUUUAAGAAACCAGGACACAAUAACCCUGACAAAGACAAUGAUACAGGUGUGUCAGGAUACUCUACAAGACUGGUUUGAUGCUAUCUGCUGUAAGGAAUCAACAAAUCCUAAUCCCCUUCAGUUGACCUUCCACCUGCCGUUGCAUCGUUACUUAGCAACGUUUAUGGUACAAGCAGUUCAGUAUCAGAAACAGGAUCUGUUGUCGAUCAUACCCCCAGAGAGAAUGCUCAAAAGUUUACUCACACAUCUACUGCAGAUACAAGUUGCUACAACAGAAGUAUUCUGUAAUAUGUGGGUACGGAAUGGUAUGCAGAUUAAAGGACAAGCCAUGACAUACGUACAGUGUCAUUUCUGUUACUCUAUGGUAGACGCUGAUAUCUAUCUCAUGCAGGUGUGUGCAAGUAAAUUGGAUCCUGACUACUUUGUUCAGACUGUUCUUGAUAGGUUUCACAUCAGUGACUGGAUGUCGUUUGACCCAAACCCUAGUGCACGCAGUUACAAGAUGGAGAAAGAACAGGAGCUUUCUAUGGUAGAAGGAGCACUGCAGUUCUUCACCAUGUUGCUUCAUGUUCGAACUUACCUUGGGAUGACAGAUAAAGAACUUACACGCCUGGAGAUGUGUACAUUAUUGUUUGUCAAUGACCGACAACACAGUCAGUUGAUGGACUUGAUGCCGGAGAAGUCCGGUAUGACGGGGCAUGGUAAAGAUCUGUUUGAACCCACCCUGAAAGAUGUGGCAAACCACAAAGCACCAAACUUUGAACCUGGAGCUGGCCUUCAGCAGGGGUCAUACCAGCCAAAAGAUGAGAUUUGGGAGCAAGAGUUUGAUCCAGUACAUGUGUUAUUGAGGGCUGUGUAUAAGAAUGAUUUCCAGUCAGCCAUGGACAGAUACACCGAAUUUUUAAGGAAGAAGAGGAAUUUUAAGGGGAAAAGUCAGCCAUGGCCGCCAUUUAAACCACCAGGGGAGGUGCUAGAGUGUUAUCGGUCCAUGUAUAGAAUACUACACUGUAAAACACUUCAUUCUUUACUGUUUACAGUCUUACAAAAGACAUUGAAGGAUGCCACCAUACCAGAGAGUAUUAGUUACUAUGCCAUACAUUUGUUAGAACUAGCUGUUACUGUCCCAAAUCCAGGCAAUCAUAGGAGGAUGAAGCCUUCACCAGCGUCCGUCCCAGAUAGAAACUACAAGGAAUGGUUCUCAGGUAGCGACAUCUUCCACAAUAUAAGGGAGACAAUCAGAGAUGUGGAGAUACCUCUACUACACAUGAAUCUAGAGCAAGAAGGACCGAUGUCCAUGACAAUCGAUACGUCAUUUGAGGAGAUGUUUCAGUUAGCGCCUAGUGUACUUGCUGGUCCGAGUGGUCCUAUCACAGCAGCUCACUCAGGUCAGAUACCUACAAUACUCUCCACCAUGCACUCCAGCACUGCCGGCACCCAGACAAACCUGCUCACGGUACAUCCGUCCACCAGUUCUGCCUUACCCAAGUUUGACUCUCGAGGCAUCAGCACGGAAGCACCGAAAACACAACAUAUACCAGUGAAUGAAAGCUUAUUAACAAUACUAUUCAAACUUCAUGCCAAGAUGGCAGGAAAAGGUAACCUAUACGUCCCAGCUAGUGUGUCAGCUAAAACAUCUCAAGAUACCAGUGUAGGUGAUGGGGCACAUUUUAUAAAUCGUUUGUUGGAUAAGCUAUGUACAAAGAAUAGAGAUUGUGCCAGGGCAGUAGAAGAUCUUUACAACUCCCAGCGACCUAAAGAAGGAGCAAUUCCUAAGAAAGGAAAGGCAACGGAUCCUGAAUCUAGGAGAAGAAAGGCAAGAGAACGCCAGCAAAAACUGAUGGAGGACUUUGCUAAUAAACAGAAAGCAUUUAUGAAGCAAGCUAUGGAUACUGGAGAUGGUGUAGAUGCGGGACCAUCGAGAAGUUCCGAGUCGUUUGAUGAUAUGUCGGAGGAGAUGGAGCAGGAAGAAAGUUACGAUUGUGUUAUAUGUAAUCAGAGUACCCCGUCCACUGGAGACCGACCCAUUGGUCUUGUGGUCUUCCUACAGUCGUCCAGUGUUUUAGGUCAUAGACCACAGACAGACACGCGGAAAGUUUUGACGCUGGGUGAUAAAACGAGGCAGAGAAUUACAACUUGCUCCAGAGUUCAAACAAAACGCCUUGAAACACUUUUCAAGCAUUUCGAAGAAACUUCCUGCCAAACAUCAGUCAAUAUUGGCUGGGAGGGUGGGGUGUUAGUACAGACAUGUGGACAUUACCUGCAUUUAGAUUGCCAUACUUCUUAUAUUAACUCCCUGCUGGAACAGGGAGGUCAAUAUAACCUGCUGGUCAGUAAGGGAGAGUACUCAUGUCCUCUAUGUCUACAAUUGUCUAAUUCUGUGAUACCUAUUCUACCAGAGGAAAACAAGUACACGGUCACGAAGCCGGUUUCAAGUGACCCCAAACAGAUGGUGCGAGACCUGGCCGAUAUGAUGGUGAAACGACCCAUCACACCAAGAUCAUCUUCAGUGACCAAGGCAAUGGGUACGAUGAUGGAGAAUCUAACCAAAGCAACAUACGGCGCAUUUAAAACAUACACAAGCUCUCAAACGUCCGAGAGCGUCCUACUUUUUGUCUGUUCCGUGGCAAGAACUAAUUUAGAGGUAGAAUUAUUACAGAGGAAAGGAGAUCUUAGUGUACCCCUGUCUACAUCUAGGAAACACUGUUUCUUACCACUGUUACAUGUAUUGAGUAUGCAUAGUAAGAUACUGACCACAAAGCCAUACACAGAUCUCUGGUCACAUAUUACUGGUAUAUCAUGCUCCGAGGAAACUACAAG